AUGGCCGCUGCCCUCUCCCUCCUAACGUGUCUUUCCAUAGUCUCUGCUGCAUGCUUAUUAACGUACGCUGGAGCAGCAACUGUAGACGUCUUCCCGCAGAACUGCACUGAGAAAAGAGCUGACGGAGCCACGACUCUCGACUCCCUUAUUUCCCAGGGAGAUGUCAGGUCGGACACUUUCUACCGCCUUCUCCUCGGCACUCACUGUCUCACUGAGUUCGGCUACGUUCAGCAUCUACACAACGUGACGUUCUCGGGGAACGUCAGCCACCGGGAGAGUGUCGUAGUCAUCUGCACAGUAGGAGUUGGGCUCGCCUUUCUCGACGUCAGCACGCUGACUCUGGAAGGUUUGACGGUCGUUAGCUGCGGAGCUACGGGCUCGGGGAAGCUGGAUCACCUCCAGGAGGAGCUGAAGAACAGGACAAGGUUUUUUUACGACAUUCACCCCACGGACAAGAUCGCCGUUGCUGCAGGGAUGGUGUCUGAUUUUACAGUUCGCGCGGUGGAAGUGACCGGCACAGAAGGACUGGGGAUGCUGGUAGUCAACCCGCGAGGCUCGGCUGUCGUGGAAAACUCCACCUUCUCCCUCAACCGCCCUCCCUUCUGCUACAGACUGCCGUUGGAUAACCUCACGAACGUCAACGCUACGGAAAACAACCAGGUUGGCGGAGGGACCUUUUUCAUCUUCGCCGACUACAACCAAACAUCGGAAAACGUCUUCACUUCGCUACAGAUCCUCAACACGGAGUUCGUCAACAAUUCCUACUGCGGCCUCUCUGCUUACAUAGAAGUGAGCGACACGAACUAUAAAAAGUUGACGGAGAGGUUCGGCUACUCGCUGGGGGCAGGCGGAGGUCUGUCACUGAUCCUGGCACAGUCUCUCUACGCUGCAGACGUGACCGUUACCUCUGCUCUCUUCCAAAACAACACCAGUCUUUUGGGUGGAGGGUCUUACCUGGCCCUGUUUGAAGGAGCUGCUGGAAACAACAUCUCCUUCAGAGAUUGCCGUUUCCACAGGAACGGCCUUACUGGAGAUCUGGACGACAGGCAAUUACUAACGCAUGGCUCUGGAUUCUAUAUGGUCAGAGAUGUCGCUCACCCCAGCAAUCAGGGAGCUGGUACUACGCUAUUACAGAGCAAUAAUGUCACCCUACAGGGAUGUACACUGACUGAGAAUAGAGGGUCAUACUCGGCGGCAAUCAACAUCUUUUCCAAGUACAAGACGAGGGGAGGAGACACUGUUACUCUGGACAGCUGUAGACUGAGUGGCAACGUAGCUCUUGUGGGAGCAGCCAUGCACAUCGAAGAGCUGAAACAGAGCGGUCUUCAGCCAGGGAUGAAAGCUGUCCUUCGUAACACAGUCCUCACCAAUAAUAAGAUAUAUUAUUCAGAAGAUGCCCCUGGUAACAUACCCUCUUCAAAGUUAGACACUUCGGCUACUGUGGAGUUCCAGGGAGUCAACGUGACAUUCGAGGGAGAGAAUAAUCUGAUCGCCGAUAACUUUGCAGCUGCCAUUCGCUCGGUGUCGUCAGUCAUAAAUUUCCACGACCGGACGGUAAUUUGCAACAAUACUGGCUCGUUUGGCGGUGCUAUUAGCCUUAUCGCAAACUCUUACAUUGUUCUAGUGAACAAUUCUCAUCUGGUUUUGGAAAACAACUCAGCCGUAGUAGAAGGUGGGGCGGUGUAUGUCAAUCACAUUGCGUUUUCCCCCGACAUUAACCACCACGAUUGCUUCCUCUUCUUCGAAAAUGUGGACACCAUCUGUUUUGAAGAGGACCUCUGUCCCGAUAUUGAGGCUCUCAACUUUACUCUGGAGCUGAACAACAACUUGGCACCUCUCGGGAGUCUGAUUUUCGGCUCAACUCUCGACACGUGUCCCUGGAGCAUGCAGCUGAGGGAAAAGUACAACCGACCUCACGUUCUAGACAUACUCUACCUUGACUUGAACGAUUCGUUCAGAUUCAGCAGUGAUCCGACCACUGUCGGUGCAGUCACCACUCCCACAAACAAACUAACUAUCCACAGCUCUCUUCAACUGAGCUACUCACCUGGUGAGCUGUUCUAUCUCAACGUGAGUGGCUACGACCAUCUUAACCAGAGCCUGCCUGUCCUCAUCUCCUCCAAACCCAGCCCUGGACACCCAAACGUUUCGUCGCUGCUCGGAUUCUCGAGUUUCAGCUUCCUGCAGAUUGCUAAUGAGCUCCAAUAUGGCGACCUUGUACCUAUGAUUGUGACCGGAGCUAAGAAUGUGAAUGAUGUCACCAUUUACCUCUACGCCACGGACUCUUACUCACACACAGGGUUCAAGAUUAACCUCACUGAGUGCAGAGUCGGGUUUCAGUACCAAAAUGGAAGGUGUGAGUGUGAGCCGGGGCUCAUGAACCACAACGACAUUCAGUGCAACUCCACUUCGAUGAACUUCACCGUCCCCAAUAAUAAGUGGGUGGGGCCGGGACCGGACAACUCUUUCAUCGUCGCGGACUGCAGAUCUGACUUUUGCAGCCCCGGAGAGAGACAGGUGAAACCGCCGGGGUUUGAUCUGUUGUGUCAUUCGCGGUACCACCGUUCGGGCAUCCUCUGUGGGCAGUGUGCCGAGGGUUACAGCAUCCAGUUGGGUUCCCACCGAUGCACUCAGUGUCAAGACAACUAUGGUCUCUCACUCAUCAUUCUCUUCGCUUUUGGCGGCGUAGUCAUUACAUUCGGGAUCCUCUUUCUCCACAUUACGGUGUCCGAAGGCUACCUGAAUUCGAUUCUUUUCUACACAAACGUCCUCUCCAUAUACGUUCCAAUUCUCAACACCAGUAGUAGAAACAUUGCCAUAUUUGUUGUGGUCGCCUGGUUCAAUCUGGACUUUGGAAUCGGGCAUUGUUUCUUCGAUGGGAUGACAACCUUGGACAAAGUGGCUCUAAGACUGGUCUUCCCUUUCUACCUCCUCCUCCUCAUGAUCAUUGUCACCCUUCUCUCAAAGAAAUCCCGCCGUCUCUCCCGGUUCUUCAGCCGUGCAAAGUUCUCCGCUGCUAAGUUGUUUGCCACGAUCCUCCUCAUGUCCUAUGCCACCAUGUUGGAGGUGUGUAUAGAGCUACUGAGCCCUCUCUUGCUCCGUUCUGUUGACGGAGCCUCUUACCUCAGCUGGAGAAGUGACCCAAACCAGGAGUAUUUCCAUGGUCUCCACAAGUUCCUGGUCAUUCUGGCUUGCUUUCUGCUGCUGACUGUCGUGUUGCCUCCUCCCCUCAUCCUAGCGUUCCCUGGCAUCGCAUUCACCACAAGACUCGGAGUAAAGAUAAAACCAGUGCUCGACGCAUUCUGGGCACCGUUCAAGACCAAAUUCAGAUUCUUUGUUGGAUUACGUCUUCUCCUACGAGUGAUCCCUUACACCACUGCCUAUGUCGUUCCUCAACCAAUGAACAUCCUAUUUCUAGGUAUAUUUGCCGUCUGUACACUGUUCCUCCAGGUAACCAUACAACCGUUUGACGGAUUUUUCAGAAACACUCUCGACACAUUCUUCAUGAGUAACAUAAUAAUGCUGGCCAUGGGGGCCCUGUACUUUCAGAUCUCCAUCACUGCAAAUGAAGAUAACAAAGGCUACAUCCCCUACCACAGGGCUCAGUUUAAGUACUUUACGUUCUUUGUCACUCUGGCCUACGUGGCCAUUCUGCUAGUGGUGCUGUGGCAUGUACAGCACCGGUUCCCCGUCAUUCGCAGGCCAUUUGCCUCUCUCUACUCCCGUCUUACUCGCAGGAAAAGAGCUGAAAUAUUCAUCAGAGAAACAACUCCACUAACACAGCCACACACGGACGGUGAUAGUGUGUCAGGUGGGAGCCAAGAUGGAGAGGAAAUGAGGGAAAACUCGACAGUGAGCGAGGGAGAGGGAGACCAGCCCACCCCGGGCUCUCCCACAAAGACCAGGGUACCCCAGGACAAAGAGAAAGCCCCGCCCCCUGUGGUAAAUUACUCCGUACUCCGAGAACCGCUACUGGAGGAAGGACUAGCUGACCUUGUGCCAAUCAACAAUACCAAUCAUAUUCAAUGA